UUUCCUCCCCGGACCGUAAAAAUGGCGGCGCUUGUGAGUGGCAAUGGGGAGCAGUUAGCCACAUUUUUGUGUGUUACAUAAGAAGAAAAACGUGUCAGUUGAGAGUGUUAUAAUUGAAAAACAUGGGUUUGAUGCGGCACGUCGUGUGCGCCAUGUCCGGCGGCGUGGACAGCUCUGUAGCGGCUUUACUGCUGAAGAGAAGAGGUUACAGUGUGACAGGAGUGUUCAUGAAGAACUGGGACUCUCUGGAUGAGAGUGGGACCUGUGCUACAGAGAGGGACUGUGAGGACGCCUACAGAGUCUGUCAGAGCCUGGACAUCCCCUUCCAUCAGGUGUCCUAUGUCAAGGAGUACUGGCAUGACGUUUUCAGUAAUCUGUUGAAGGAGUACGAGAAGGGCGGGACACCAAACCCAGAUAUCAUCUGCAACAAACACAUCAAAUUCAACCAUUUCCACAAGUACGCCAUCGACACUCUGGGCGCUGAUGCCAUGGCAACGGGCCACUACGCCAGGACGUCCCAGGAAGACGACGAGGUUUUCCAGCAGCCACACAUACCUCCACCUACCACACUGUUCAGGGAUCGAUUUGAGAUCAGAAACCCUGUGAGGUUGUACAUAGGAGCCGACCGCCUCAAAGACCAAACCUUCUUCCUCAGUCAGAUCUCACAAGAAGCCUUGAAACGAACCAUGUUCCCGCUCGCCGGACUCACCAAAGAGUUUGUGAAGAAGAUUGCUGCUGAGGCAGGGUUUGACCAUGUGCUGAAGAAGAAGGAGAGCAUGGGAAUCUGCUUUAUAGGAAAGAGGGAGUUUGAAAACUUCAUUUUAGAGUAUCUAGAACCAAAACCAGGGAACUUUGUCUCCAUUGAAGACGGGACCGUUUUGGGAAAACACAGAGGUUGGUUCACUCUGACGUUGGGCCAGAGGGCGAGAAUAGGAGGGUUGAAAAAAUCCAUGUUUGUGGUGGACAAGGACAUUGUUACUGGAGAUGUGCUUGUGGCUCCUGACACCAAUCACCCGCAUCUUUACCGCGACACGAUGCGAACGGAUCGCUUCCACUGGCUGUCGGUCGACCCGCCUCCCGAACUCGUCAGAACCCAGAUGUUGGAGUGUCACUUCCGCUUCAUCCACCAGAUGCCGCUCGUUCCCUGCACGGUCACUCUGAACAUGGACGGCACCGUGUGGAUCUCGCUCUCUCAGCCGGUCAGAGCUCUGACACCCGGACAGUUCGCUGUGCUCUACAAAGGGGACGAGUGUCUGGGCAGCGGGAAGAUCGUCCAGCUGGGCCCCAGCGAACACACGCUCCAGAAGGGCCGAGAGCGCCUGGUAGCCGCCGCACAGCACAAAGAGCAGCCGACGCCUGAACCGACCAGCUGAGGCGGUCGUGGAGGAAAUGUCCGGUACACUAGCUAUAGAGCGCCCUGUUGGUUAGAAUACACACUCUGUUAAACAGGUAUUUGUAAGAGGUGCCUCUGAUGGAGGAGUUUUUAAAUGUUCACAACAGUAUUUGAAACACAAGGACAAAAGGGUCGAUGUCUGUGUUAUAAGGUUUUCUUCUUGGUGCUCAGAUAAACCACCACUAUCCAGCCAAAGUGUGUUUGGGAUGGAGAUUUGAUGCUAAUACGAUGGUCUACUCUUUAAAAGUAACCUCACAUUGAAAUUGAGGAUUUUACAGAUCUGUACCAACACCUCAGCUGCCAUCUUUAGGUACAUGGUGUCUAAUUCUACCUGUAAUAAACAGUACAUGUGUUUUUAUUGGACCUCCUGGAUUGAAUUCGUGCUGCUGUUAAUGUUUGCUUCGUCGCAAACAGGAACUGGCUCUUUGAAAUGUGCUUAUUUAAGGGAAACAGCUGUUGUGAUGAUGUUGCACUUGAUCUGAUCUAUGCAUUUUUGGAGUGCAGUGUGUGUUUUUUAGAAAUAACUGUCGUGUAAGACACGCUGGAGUGUCAUCAGGAGAAAACAAAGAGUUUUUCUCUCCUUUGAGCCAACAUAUGCAGCCUUGAUGUCUCCUGUAGUUUAUGUUUUUAAAAGAUACUGUAGUCUGAAGCCUUUAGAGUUGCUCUGUUUAAUUGUAAUAAUAAGAAAAGUGUGACUAACUCCAGUUCUGGAGGGUUGUCAGUCAGCUAGGCUACAAGUUUUGUUCACUCAGACUCACCUGAGAGUCAAAUUAACUCUAAUAUUCUUCUAUUUAUGACGUGUGAUGGGUAACAAACUUCUAAUUUCCUGCACUUAUUCCUACUGUUUGUGAUGCUGCUCAUGUAUCCGUGACUCUUCCGGUCUUCCUUUUACUUUUUCCCUGAACUUAUACAAACCUCAGUUCUUUUGUGGCGACGUUUCAAACCCAGCUGGUUUUCUGUCAGACACUGGUCACUGCAUUGAUGCCACAAAACAAGACUGUUUCUUUGUGAAGUUAUGGUGAAAAAAAAUCGGGCUGCAACUAUGUUUAUCGUCAACCAAUCUGUGGAUUAUUUGCUCGAUUUAUUGAUUCGUUGUUUGCUCCAUAAAAUGGUGAAAAAUGUUGUUUACUGUUUUCCGAAGCCCAGGAUGACGUCUUUGCGUGUCUUGUUUUGAGCCACACACCAAAGAUUUUCAAUUUACUGUCAAAAAGGAGGAAAGAAAGCAGAAAAUAAUCAAAUUUAAGAGGCUUGAAUUAGAGAAUUUUUCCCUUUCUCUCAUAAAAAAAGCUGCUCAAGCUGAUGAAUCGAUUAUCAGAAUGGUCGCCAGUUACAGUAAUAAUUGACAACUAAUUUAACAAUCGUUGCAACUCUACUAAAAACAAAAUACAGUAUAUUUCGAAGUUAGUUAAGAUACACUUCCCAUUAUGUUCUGUUGUUCUCACAGUGAGUUUAUGGUUAUGUUUGAAACGUCAGAGUGGCAAGAAACUCCUUUAAAUAACAAAACCAGUGCCUUUCGCAGCAGUCUGGGAGAUAAUCCGAGUUCCCAAAUUACAAAUUGUACAAACCUGGAAGUCGAAGAGCGAAUAAAUAAACCUAAAAUCUGA